AGAAGAAAACGAAGCUAUUAUACCAAAGAAGAAAACGCUUGAACAUUGUAUGUUUGGAAUUUAUGUCCUGUGUCGGCUACCGGAGGAAGAAUGGCCGGCUGGAUGUGGUUUCGUUGCUUUUUGGGGCCUCAUCUCCAGAGAGUGCACCGUUCACAGGAGGAGUCCCGACCCGAAGGAAGAGCAGGCAGGAGGGGAUGGACUUAUCAACCCAAGAGCCUGGAGAAACACACUGACAGCAUCCUCGGAUGGGCGUCAGCUUUGUGGUCUCUGUCAUACUACAGCUCCCCUCUCCUCCUCUGCUACCUUUACAGAAAAGUGGUACAUCUGCAGCAGUAAGCUGGUACCAGUCAGUCAGUAUGUGGGAACUGUAAUGGUUUGUCUGCUGGGAGUCGCCUUUCUGAGAGGUUGGGGACGGUGGAGGAACUCUGAGUAUCAACAGUUCAUCUCCAUUCUGGAGGAAACCAGGAAGAACCACACGCCUAGCAACAAGAAAAAGCUGGCCUGCUAUGAUUUUGACUUUUCUCACUGGCCGGCAGACUUCAGCUGGGAAGAAGUUAGCAAUCCGAAGCUGCUGUCCAAGGCAGGAGUGUCUCUACUGAAGCCAGAGCCCAAACUGAGAGGGGCAGCAGACAGCGUGCUCAACUCUUUACGCACUCUACCAUGCCACAUCGUCAGGUAUAGACCGACUACAAUAUCCAAAAUACACUGUACUCUACCAAGGCUCGACAAUACAAUUUUUAGCCACUUGUUCUUUGGACAAGUAGGACAGGGUUAUUUAUUAAAAUGUUUAACUUGUGCGAAAAUGUUAUUUUUGCGGGGGGGUGUUGGACUAGUAACUGGAAGGUUGUUCAAGUUCAAACCCCCGAGCUGACAAGGUACAAAUCUGUCGUUCUGCCCCUGAACAGGCAGUAAA